AUGUCUGUCUCUGUACUUCGGCUGACAAUUAUCCUGGGACUGCUUGUCUUAAUCCUGACCUGCCAUGCAGAUGAUAAACCAGACAGCAAGCCAGAAGACUCAGGCAAAAGCCCAGAGCCAGAUUUCCCCAAAUUUCUAAACCUCCUGGGCACGGAGAUCAUUGAGAACGCAGUCGAAUUCAUCCUUCGCUCCAUGAGCAGGAGCACAGGAUUUAUGGAUUUUGGUGAUAAACAAGGAGAGUAUUCAUCAAAGUGACCUCCCCAGGACACACCUAUCUGGCUCCUGGACAAUCCAAGGGC